AUGGUGGGGGACGACGACGACGACGUAUCGCAGCGCAGGGCUGAAGAAGAGCUGCGGCACCCGCAAUGUCAGCGGAUUACGUAUGGCGUGUUGCACGUCGCUCUGUGCGAUGCAGCGUCGGAUUCCCUAUUCCCCAUUGCCGCGCACGCCAGGAGGCAGGGCGUCGCCUCCACUGUCGCAACUACACCGAGACCCUCCCAGACGUCCCACGAACUCGCGGCGAGGCCGUCCAAGAUAACCGCGCCAGCUGAGGAGCCAAGCACCACGCAUCAAGCACCAAGCACCAAGCACCAAGCAAACACGCCUCGCGGCAGGACCUCUGGCACAGACGCAGACGCAGACGCAGACGCUGUUGGGAAUGCAUACACCGGAGGUGCGACGGCGGGUUCGGCUGGGAGUGAAGUUGCACGACGUCCGAGGAGAGGAGAGAUUGACAAGGGGGACGUACCGGCCGAGCUUUCAUCCCAACCACUGGCGGUGUCCGCUACGACGAUCUCCAGCAUGCCCUUAAACAGCCACCCACACUCUCUGGCCCUCACAGUCUUCUAA